GAAUCGCCGCCAACGUCGUUCAGCUUGACGUCUCCCUCAAAAGAACCCAAGCGGUCGCCCAGCAUGUCAUCAAAACUCCCCUCCGUUCUCGCCGCAACCGAUGAAGAGAUCCAGCUCCUCCUCGCGGCCCAAUGUCAUAUCGGCACGAAGAACUGUGAUAAGCAGAUGGAGCCGUAUGUCUGGAAGAGGAGGUCUGACGGCAUCCACAUUCUCAACAUCGGCAAGACUUGGGAGAAGCUCGUUUUCGCUGCCCGUAUCAUUGCUGCCGUUGAGAACCCAAACGACGUCUGUGUCAUCUCUGCGCGCCCCUACGGCCACCGCGCGGUCCUCAAGUACGCUGCCAACACUGGUGCCCAGGCGAUCGCGGGCCGUUUCACCCCCGGUUCCUUCACCAACUACAUCACCCGCUCGUUCAAGGAGCCCCGCCUGAUCGUUGUCACCGACCCGCGCGUUGACCACCAGGCGAUCCGUGAGGCGUCCUACGUCAACAUCCCCGUCAUCGCUUUCUGUGACACUGACGCGCCCCUCAAGUUCGUUGAUGUCGCUAUUCCGACCAACAACAAGGCCCGUCAUCCGAUCGGUCUCAUGUGGUGGCUCCUCUGCCGCGAGGUCCUCCGUCUCCGCGGCACCGUUCCUCGCACUACCGACGGCUGGAACAUCAUGGUUGAUAUGUUCUUCUAUCGUGAUCCUGAGGAGGUCGAGAAGCAGCAGCAAGAGGAGGCUCAGGCCAAGGCCGCAGCCGUUGUCGAGGAGCCCGUCACCGACUGGGCCGCAGCUUCAGCUCCUGCUGCUGGUGGCAUUGAUCCAACACUGGCUACCGAGGGUGGCCUCGACUGGUCCGCCGAGCCUACUGCGCCCGGCCCAACCGACUGGGCAGCAGAGCCCGCCGGUACCGGCUGGGGCGCUGAUGCAACCGCUGCCGCUGGCACCUCCGGCUGGGAAUAAGUCGUUAAGAGGUACUAUCCUGCACGACUACGCGUAUCCGUCGAUAUCGUUAUGUUGCUCAUUGUUUCCACCUCUACCUCACCGCAAUGGCCCACUUUUUUCUCCCCGAGAAUCGAGCAGUCUUAUGUGCGACAUGUACAAAAUGCGCAACGACGGCAGUUUGAUCGCAAAGGGUACGCUGCAAAAGUGAUAGGCUUAACGGUAAUCUUUUCCUGUCUUUAAGCGGCAGGCAGGUUGUUGUAUGACAUAUGUUGUAUACUUAGGACUUUCAUCAUCAUCUCGGGAGUUGCCUAGUCUCUAC